AUGGGCAUCUCGGCGAGGUGGCUCAAGUCGUUAGUUGGGUUGAGGAAGGUGGAGCGGCAGCAGCAGCGUCGUAAGGAAGAUGCAGAUGUUGGACGAAUGAAAAGCGAUGUUGCCGAUCAGUUUCAUUUUCAGAAUCAGCGCUCUCAAGAUGACAGCAGCAUUGCUGUACAAGAAGAAAUUCCAGAGGUUCCUUAUGGAAAUGACCCACCUGAAGGUGAUUCUAAUGCAUCUUCAUGCUUGGAACCCACUUGUUGUUCAGCUCAUGUGGCACUGUCUCAAACUGAAGAGGAACUGAAAGAGAUCUGGGCUGCUACAAUUAUUCAGACAGCAUUCAGAGCUUUCCUGGCUAGGAGAGCCCGUCGAGCUUUAAAAGGGUUGGUUAGGCUUCAAGCCCUUGUAAGAGGCCAUAUAGUAAGAAAGCAAGCUGCUACGACACUCCGCUGUAUGCAAGCUUUGGUCAGGGUUCAGGCCCGUGUUAGAGCAAGGCGAGUUCGCAUGGCUUUGGAAAACCAGACUGAUCAGCAAAAUACUUCACCAGAGCACAUGCCCGAGGCACGUGUUAGAGAAAUUGAGGAUGGCUGGUGUGAUAGUAUCGGUUCGGUGGAAGAUAUCCAAGCAAAACUUCUAAAGAGGCAGGAAGCAGCAGCUAAACGUGAGCGAGCCAUGGCCUAUGCCCUAGCUCAUCAGUGGCAAGCAAGUUCAAGACAAGCUACAGCAUUUGAACCUGACAAGAACAGCUGGGGCUGGAAUUGGCUAGAGAGAUGGAUGGCUGUUCGGCCUUGGGAGAGUCGGUUCCUUGGCACUUACGCUGCAGAUGGGAUUUUCGUAGUUAAUGAAACCAGGCAACCUGACAGAAGUGCAACCAAGACCCCUUACAGAAAACCUGUUAAAAAGCAUGAUUCAACCCUUCAAUUGAACAUGUUGAACCAGAAGGUCUUCCCAUCAAACUCAGAGGGUGGUGGCUCCUCGACAAAUCGAUCCAGUGGUCCGGUAUCAGCUAAAUCUAGACUGAAGGUUUUACCCCGAGAAGGUUCUGAGGAAGCCUCAUCUCAUCCUUCAGUACUUGUUGUGCGGUCCACUAGUAAUCCAAAGGAGAGGACUUCCAGUAUUAAUUCAAAGGAGAGGACUGGGGACUUGGAUUGUCAAGUUCAUAAAAGAUUCUCCUUGCCUGGCAUUGCUGCUAUUGGCAAAUUACCAGGUUCAGAAGCUGGCAAACACCUGACAAAGAAAGGCACGGUUAACCGAUCCCUGAAGGCCACAAAAGAUUCCCAAAUACUGGGGUCAAGGCAUCAUCCUGCCAGUUCCAUUGAUCCAGUUCCCACCAGAGUUGAGCUGGAGACUUGA